CGGUACUCGGGCUUGUAGGGUGCCGCUCGCUGAACGUCUGUGUCAGCCUCAACAGUUUGCUAUCACCCCGAGUAAGUGUGAAUUAUGUUUCUGGUGUAGUUUUUUGUGUUGUUUUACCGUCCGUUUACGCGCGUGUGUGAUGUGCGGCGCGUUUGUUUGCCGCAAGGAAAAGCUGUAAGAGUGUUGAUGUAGAUAUUUCAUCGUAUUAGCAGCACAGUACAGUGAUACACUAACGGGACUGUCAACCUGAGAGUCCGUUAACGCACACUGCUGCUGCUACUCACUGGGAACAACACUCACUGGCGUUUAACGAACAUUUAAACGGCUUUGGAAGCUUUUUUUUUUUUUUUAAUCUACUGCUUCGGGUAAUUUCACAGCAUGCAACGCGGCUCGUCUGUCAUCACUUAAUUUCUAUACAGCGUGAAGUACGACCUGUGGACCUGAUGUAGCAGGUUGUCAUCUCCCCUGCAAUGAAGGAAAAGCUGCUCAAGCAUCAUGAUUAUGGACUGAAGGUAAUACACAAGCGUGAGUCACACUAGACUGACAGUUGGGCUGAUGACCAGCAUGGCUACUUGUUCCUGAAUCAAAGAUGCAUGCUCCCUCUUUGGAUUCAUCCCCCCUGACCGCCACUGAGUCGAUCCAACCCUCCAUCAGACAGCCCCAUCACCACUUCCACUGUCCUCUACUGUGCUCUACUGUAUUCUAGCCUUCUCUCCCUGACAGUCGUCCUGUUGUGACCCUCUACAUGUCCGACAGAGAGAGAGGGAAGUAUUAGCACGCUGUUUAAUAGGACAAUUCCUCCCUGCUAUUCAUGAGAGGUCAGCAGGGCCACAUGCAGCAGGGGGACAGUCAAAGGGGGACAGAGGGGGUGGGUCCCAGUUCAGGUCCUGGAGCUAGAAGAGAGGCGUGGGGGUCACAAAGCCCAGGGUUGAAGAGGGCCUCAUCCCAGUCAGAGCACCCCUCUCUCAGUAAGAUGAGCCAGAACGCCAGGGAGAGCAUGGGGGUUUUUGGCCAGGGACUGAAACAGCUGUUCCAGCAGCAGCGUAAACGCCUCUCCCUCUCCCGCUCCACCAUCACAUCCUCGUCUUCCUCCUCAUCUUCCUCUGUGGUGUCAGCAGGUGGCACCUCCCUCUCUGCCCCCGAGGACACCUCGGGGUCCUGGUGUCCUGACUCUGACCGCCUCUCUGCUCCUGUGGUUCCUUCUGCAGUUGGCCAGGGCUCAGCGGCUGCGGGCAUGAUGAGGCGUGGGACCAGCCUGCAGAGCCGGCGCAGCAAGGGGUCCGGGUCGGGAUCAGGGAGCGGAGACCGCGACCCUCUCCUGAGAGGCAGCCCCCAGGCCCCACGCCGUCGCAACACCACAGAUCCGCAGCAGCACGCAAGCCGCCCCCGCUCCUCUUCCACUACCGACACCACACCCAGCAGCCCCGCCCCUGGAUACACCGGCGGUGAUGUGGUGCUGUCAUCAGGGUACCAGUCCACAGAGGAGACGGACAGGAUCGACCGGCUGGAGGUUAGUGGGCUUGGCCAAACGCCCCUGGCAGUGUCUUGUGGCGCAGACGGUUCCUACCCGGGGGGUGAGGAUGGCACCCCAGAUCCUCAGCGUACCAAACAGGCGAUCGCCCAACUGCAGCAGAAAAUCCUCAAGCUCACAGAGCAGAUUAAGAUUGAGCAGACAGCCAGGGAUGACAACGUUGCUGAGUACCUCAAACUGGCCAACAAUGCUGACAAACAGCAAAGCACACGCAUCAAACAGGUUUUUGAGAAAAAGAAUCAGAAGUCGGCGCAGACCAUCCAGCAGCUGCAGAGGAAACUGGAGCACUACCACCGGAAGCUGCGAGAAGUGGAGCAUAAUGGUAUCCCACGCCAGCCCAAGGAUGUUCUGCGGGACAUGCAGCAGGGCCUGAAGGAUGUCGGAGCCAAAGUCACAGGCUUCAGUGAAGGUGUGGUGGACAGCGUCAAGGGAGGUCUGUCUAGCUUCCUCCAGGCCACCCACUCUGCUGCGGGGGCCGUCGUCUCCAAACCUCGAGAGAUCGCCUCGCUAAUUCGCCACAAAUUCGGCAGCGCUGACAACAUCCCCUCACUCAAAGACUCUCUGGAUGACCCCUCAAUGGAAGAAGCUGUGACAGGGGCUGGUGGACGUUCGCUGGGCAGCACGGGGCAUCACCUCCAGUCCAGUCCUAAGUAUGGCAGCGAGGAUGACUGCUCAAGCGCUACGUCUGGGUCGGCGGGGGCCAACAGCACCACCGGGGCCCCUGGAGGCCCCCCAAGUUCCAAGGGCAACACACUGGAGAGGAGCCAGAGCUCCAGCCUGGACAUGCUGCUGCAGGAGGUGCAGGAGCUGAGGGAGGGCCAGGCAAGGCUAGAGGAGAGCCUUGAUGGCUUGAAGAGCCACUAUCAGAGAGACUACACAGUUGUUAUGCAAGCACUACAGGAGGAACGCUUCAGGUGUGAACGUCUGGAGGAGCAGCUGAACGACCUGACAGAGCUUCACCAGAAUGAGAUCCUGAACCUUAAACAGGAGCUGGCCAGUAUGGAGGAGAAGAUCGCCUACCAGUCUUAUGAGAGAGCCAGAGACAUCCAGGAGGCGUUGGAGGCCUGUCAGACCAGGAUCUCUAAGAUGGAGCUCCAGCAGCAGCAACAGCAGGUCGUGCAGUUGGAGGGGCUGGAAAAUGCCACAGCCAGGACCCUCCUGGGAAAACUUAUCAAUGUGCUGCUGGCCCUUAUGGCUGUCCUUCUGGUCUUUGUCUCAACUGUGGCCAACUGUGUGGUCCCCCUGAUGAAGACGCGCUCGCGCUCCCUCUCCACCCUCCUCCUCAUCCUCCUGUUGGCCUUCUUGUGGAGAAACUGGGACGCUCUCUCGGGGUACACGCACCGAGCUCUGCAGCCGCCAGGAUGACCAGACCGAAGCCAUCGCACGUUUGCUUUGGUGACGCCAGGUGAUGUAACUGUAGCCACAGUCAUGCAGGAUGUUUGAACGAGAGAAGAACGUGACUGCCGUUAGGACGGCUGUGUGGCCGGGCACUGAAAAUUCGGCUGAGCACUUUCAGACAUGCCCUGGAAUCAAGAUAAAGUGGAAGAAACAGAGUACAGUUGAACACUCAUGAUUUUCAUAUAGGAAGGAUGAGACCGUUUACAUUUUGAAAUGAACUGUCAUGUUGUUUUCCCUCACAGACUGCAGCAUUGUACUGUUUUUAUCUUUAGAAUUUAAUCAAUUAUAAUGUUAUUAUUUCUAAUAAUAUUAUUUUUAUUUUCAAUGUUAUUUUAUUCAGUACCAUGUAGCAUUACGCUCCUCUCACUCUACAUGAAGGGGGAGUUUAGUCAGGAAACUGGGCCAGCGAUUCGCCCCAAAAGCCCAGUUCAAUUGUAGAGACAUGCAAAUGUGAUAAUGUGGUUGACUGCCUUUAGGAAGAGAACUCUUACCUAGCUGUGACUGGUAGAUUUGAACCAUGGAUGAAAACCCUCCUGGGAGUUGCUCCUUUCUUGCUGUGAUAACGUUUGUUCAGACAGGACAUUUUGAAGGACUGACCAUGACCUUUGAGCGUCAUGAUGACUAGAGACUUUUUGUGCUUCCUUACCAUUUCUAAUAGCAAAGAUUACAUGCUUUUACUUAUUUCCUUUUAUGAGUAAAAACAGGAAAAACUGUGUUAAAUAGGGGAGAUUAUUAAUGAAACAUAAAGAAAAAAUGGGCCAGCUUUAUAGGAAAAAGCUGCUUACCACAGAGACAGCACAUGAACACAGAGAACAUCUGGUUAUUGUCAAGCAUCUGCCAUAUUUGCAACGUGUACACAAUGCUGCAUGUUUUCAUUAAGACAAAUUACAAAGGAAACAGUUUUGCUUUUAAAAGCACUGAAAAAACGCUGUUGUCCAAGUAAAAUCAAUUUGCCAGGAUAAUUGCCUCCACCCCCGCCGCCAUAUUUGAUGUGAUAAGGUUAGGAAAGACAGACCACUGGUGCUUUUCCAGCUCCGUCUCAGUUGGAACAGGAAUGCUGCUGCUUCAUAUCUACAGUGCAAGUCGUCUCCACUGCCACGCCAGUCAAAUGCACACUGCCUGUAUGUGACAAUGUACUACUAUUCAUCAGACACGCUCCCUGCACAUUAUCUCUGUGGCUGUCCUUUUUUUUUCUACACAUACACUAUGUUAUGGUGUAAUCACCCAGUGCCAAACCUUUGUUAACCCAGGGAUGCCUGCGCACCCAAAGGGUCCAACCUGAGAGAACAGAAACAGGAGGUUUCUAUGCAGGUUUAGCUUCUAUUCAGAUUGGUCAUGAAUGUCUCGCCUGGAUGCCGAGGAUGUAUCUUUUUUGAGAGAAAAUCUAUUAGAGAAUCCAUAAUCUGAACAAGAGCUUGACUCCAGAUCCUUGAUUGUGUGUUUUUUGCACCUUGCUUCCUCAAGUACAAUUCCUUGGCUCAGCGAUCAGUCUUUCUUACACUCUCCCUCUUUCUCAUCUAGUCAAGGACAGGACAAGAUGACCUAGCACGUUAAAUAGUCCACCCUUCGCUUCAUUGCUGAGAAGCUGAUUUUCCUAACAGAUAGCGAGAUCAUUUUGAACUGUACAGCUGCACUUUAGCACACUGCUAGAUAACAUAUGGGUCAGGCUGAGGAUUGAGGAACCUUUGAUAGAGACUUCAAAGGUUGUCACUCUUAAGACAUGCGUCCUCAGUGGGAUAAGAAGAGUUGACUCAGGUCAGGAUCUCUGUCAGCCUUGUCUAAAGAUAAAAACCCACAGAGGGGAAUUUACAUUGAUGAACUUGAUUCCUCUCGUGUCCAACAUGCAAUUAAAAAUGUCAGGAAGUAGAUUGUUAUUGAUCUGUUUCAAUUUUGCCAUCGUGGGUGCAGCAGACGAGUUGAGACUGAGCUGACUUUUGUCCUUAGCUUGACCUUGCAGUAUCUCCUCUGAUAUAGGGUUGUGUGCUAAACCACUCUAGUGCCUUCUGACGUCCUUUUCUAAGUGUGGAAUAAAUAAAGUGCAUUCCUGACUAA